AUGCUGGUGCUGCUUCUGGUGGUAUUGCUGCUGCCGAACAACGUCUGUGGGACGCUGAAAGCAAAAUGCCCAUUGAACUUGAUUGAGGAUAUAGAUGGACCGCGAAGUUAUUACAGGCCAGGAGACAUCCUCAUUGGUGGAAUCCUAUGUCUGGAAUCUAAUUCUCUGCAUCCAGUCACCUUUCAGGAGCCUCCCCUUACCAGAAUUAAGCAAUUUUCACACACGAAAUACAUGAUUAUCUUGUCCUUCCUGAUUGCCACUCAGGAGAUCAAUCAGAAUCCCAAGAUCUUGCCCAACGUCACUCUGGGCUACGACAUCUACGACAACUAUUUUGAUGCAAGGCAGACUUACGAUGGCAUGUUGGACCUGCUCUUCCUGGGGAAGGAGAAUAUUCCAAACUACCACUGUGGAGGUCCGAAGAACCUGCUGGCAGUCCUUGAAGGGUCUGAGUCUCAAAUCCCCAUCCAGAUCUCCAGUCUGCUGGGCACCUACAAAAUCCCACUGCUCCACGCUUACCUAAGGAAUAUCCAUUUUUUCAACACUUCCGUGGGUGAUGCAUAUUGGGAUGCGAAUGGAGACAUUGCAGUGGAUUUUGAUAUAUUGAAAUGGUUGAUUUUCCCCAAUGGGUCUGUUGUUGGAGUGAAAGCGGGGAGUGUUGAGAGACAGGCAACCCCAGACCUCAAGUUCACCAUCGACCAGGAUGCCUUUCUGUUCCCCCAGAGUUUAAGCCAGCCCCUGCCCCAUUCCAGGUGUACCGAGAGCUGCCAGCCUGGAUAUGCCAAGAAGACUCAGGAAGGGAAGCCAUUUUGCUGCUAUGACUGUGAUCCAUGCCCAGAAGGGACAAUCUCCGCACAGGAAGACGCAGAGCAUUGUGACAAAUGCCCAGAAGACCAGCAUCCAAACAAGGAUCGAACUCAAUGUGUCCCAAAGGCCAUAACCUUCCUCUCCUAUGAAGAACCUUUGGGGAUCAGCCUAGCUGUCUUUCCUCUCUUCUUGUCCCUAAUCACUGCUUUGGUUUUAGGACUCUUCAUUAAAUUCCUGGACACUCCUGUAGUCAAAGCCAACAACCGCGACCUCACCUACAUUCUCCUCAUCUCCCUCCUGCUUUCCUUUCUGUCCUGCUUUCUAUUCAUCGGCCAGCCAAGGAAGGUGACCUGCCUUCUCCGACAAACCACCUUCAGCAUCAUCUUCUCAGUUGCUGUCUCUUCUGUGUUGGCCAAAACCAUCACUGUGGUGGUUGCCUUCAUGGCCACUAAGCCAGGCAACAGGAUGAGGAAAUGGCUGGGGAAGAGUCUGGCCAACUGGAUUGUCAUUUCUUGUUCCAUUGUCCAAGUUGUUCUCUCUGCCCUCUGGCUGGGAAUCUCUCCUCCCUUCCCAGACUCGGACAUGCACUCCCAGCCAGGAGAGAUCACAGUGCAAUGCAAUGAGGGCUCUGUCGCCAUGUUUUAUGGUGCCCUGGGCUACAUGGGCUUCCUGGCUGCCAUCUCUUUCACUGUGGCUUUCCUGGCCAGGAAGCUGCCUGGGGCCUUCAAUGAAGCCAAGCUGAUCACCUUCAGCAUGCUGGUGUUUUGCAGUGUUUGGGUAUCCUUUGUGCCCACGUACCUGAGCACGAAGGGGAAAUAUAUGGUGGCCAUGCAAGUCUUCUCCAUCUUGGCCUCCAGUGCUGGGUUACUGGGCUGCAUCUUCAUCCCCAAGUGCUACAUUAUUAUAAUUCAGCCUAAUCUUAAUACGAAGGAGCAUCUAAUGAAGAAAGUGAAUCAAUUACAUUGA